GAGGAGCGUGAAAAGGAGGAAAGGGAGGAGAGAGACAAGCGGAAACCGCGGGGCCGUUAACAAGGAUUAGAUGCAUAGUGCGCGCGCCAUGGAGCCAUGGGAACUCACCGGGUCAAUUAGCUGCGUCGCGUAGCCACAUGAACAGAAGACAGACAGACAGACCGGGGGCUCGCAGAGGCCCUGGGUGAAGCGGAAAAAACGGAACAGCGCGCGACAAGAGUGCAGCCUUCAGGACCCCAGAGAAGGGAGACUAACCGCCUCGCGCCAGGAUGCAGGGUCUGAGCUCACGAGCCCACGCUUUCUCGGUGGAAGCGCUGGUCGGUAAAACGAUAAAGAGGAUGAAGAAGGAGAACGGGAAGGACUCGAGCUCACCGGGAGACACAGAGAAGGAGACAAGCUCCGUUCGACAGGAGACAAACGAACACGAUUACCCAAACGACCAGAGGAGGAAGGCUGGUAACACGCCAAGAAGGCUGGGAGAGUGCGACUCUGAGCCGGGGCGAGAAGAAAGGAGAAGACCGGGAGAUAGUGACUCUAACCCGGGUAGAGAUGAGAGAGAGGUCCGGGUGGAGCUCCAGGGGUCGGAUCUGUGGACCAGGUUCCAUGAGAUCGGCACAGAGAUGAUUAUUACCAAAGCGGGCAGGAGGAUGUUCCCGUCCUUGCGCGUAAAGGUGCGUAACUUGGACCCGUGCCAGCAGUACUACAUCGCCAUGGACGUUUUGCCCGUCGACUCUAAACGAUACAG